GGAUUCUGGUCUUCCUUGUUAGCAGCCUUCCCGGAAAGCGGGGAGUUGGUAACGGUCAGAUCAGGGGAAACAAGGCAGUCAACAACACCAGAAUGACCAGUUUAUGCGGAUCCUCAUCAUCAACCACACUGGCGUAGGACACAUUCGAGACAACGAGCGCGCAUCGUCCUCACCCAAAAACAACGCUGACAAGACCGGAAAAGAUGCCGUACUACGAAUACAACCACGCACACUACAACCGACCACCUCAACCGUACAACCCGCGGCUUUCGUCGCUUUCGCCUUACCGCAUCGAGGAUCUCUACGCGGCGUUACCCGGCGACAUCGUUUGGUCCACCGUGUGCCCGCUUCGCACUGACCGCGACAUCCCGCCGUCCAUGGACCCCGGUUCGAGCGACCGCGAAGUCCCGCCACCGACAGAAAACCGCAAGCGUCGCGAGAAGAAGGGCGUCAGCCAGACACAAAACGAGAGGAGAGGCGGCGGUGAGGGAAGCCGCGACGUGGCCGACCGUGGCAAGCAGAUCGACAAGACCCUCGCAAUCACACGCCCGUCUCCUCUCAGCGCCAACCCCGAGGUUUCAAUCCGGCUUCGAGAGCGGCGACUCAUCGAGGUCAGACUCUUGCUGAGCCAGCUCCAUGCGCAACUUGAGACGGCGUACAAUGUCUACAAGACAAUCGACGACAAAUUCAGAACACAGUGCUACGCCGUCAAAAGCUUCGCCAGCGCAGACACGCUGGAUAAAAUUUGGAGUGACAUGAUACAGUCAGGGAUGAAGCAAGAGGAGGCACAGGCUGAGAGAUCGGCCGACUUUGACUCCGUCAUGGCACAGAUCGGCCUCUGCUUGCGACACCUCCAAUCAGCCGAGAAGGACAGGCUUCCCUCGGUCCAUGGCCUUCACGAGAGGAACGCCAUCAUCGAGCGUCAAUUCAAGAACGUCACCAAGGCUGUCGAGGAAAUUGUAGAGCUUGGUGAGAGAGCCCACAUGGAUCAUCUGGCGUGUGGGGAUUUGAUCUGGCACUUGAACAGGGCCUGGACAGCUGCAAAUCCCGAAUCGGUGAUGUGGAAAAGCCUUUUGGGCAAACUGCCCGCAGCGGAGAAGACGUAUGUUGCUCCCGAUGACAACAGCAACUAGAAAAAUGCCGUAGCGACCAGACAGAGCACAGUGGUCGACAGAGUCAUCGUACGAGGUGAUCAUAUGGGGCAGUCGGGGAUAUGGUUGUGAGAGGACAGAUUGGCAGUGCACUGGAUACGCUGAUGGCCGACGACGCGGGAAUUGUGUUGUUGCAGGCGAAGCACCGGGUGAAACGGCUGUCUAAGUGAAAAGGUAUUGUAAUUAUUCGUUAGUAGUAUCCUUGAUCCACAAGAG